CAGCAAAGUUGCAACGAUGACGUGUACCUUUUAAAUCCAGCGAUAAUCUGGCCGGCAGCAAUUUAUUUUAAAUAACGUUACCGCGGCCGUAUCUACAAUGAUUAAGGUGGUAAUUCGAUAUAAUUCAGUGCCAAGAGAUGCAGAACUAACCUUAGACCCGAAAUCACUGUCGUCGUUAAGACCUAAUUGGAACCUGAAGUCUCACACUUUGGACAUUAAUUAGGAAAAGAAAUUGUGAAUUUUAAUAUCGAUUUUGUAAAAAUUCUUUUAGUCAUUUACCUUAGACUCUGCUACUACGAUUUUCUUUCACACAGGAGGGUUUGAAGUCAGGUGAAUGUGUUUGAAGCCCCUAGGGAGGGAUUUAAGAGAGUAGGUUGCGGAUUACGCUAUGGACACGCGCCUUUCUUCGCUCGAGCGGAAUAUUCACUUCUUGCAGCAGCUGCACAGAGAAACCCUCGAGCAACUACACGAUGAAAUAGACCGGUUAAAACGACAAAAUGAGGAACUCCAGUUUAAACUGAUAAUGGAGCCUACAAAGCCAUGCGGAACAGGACAAAAGUACUUGACCCAGGCCAACACUUUGCAGUCAGCAAGAGGAAUGAACAUUGAUCAAACAUUAGAGGACACUUAUUUAUUGCCCCAAGAUGCCAACCUUAGACAGAGAAGAUAUGGAGCUGAGGACUCAGGCCUAGCAGAGCACUCUGCAGCAGCCAAGACUGAGUCAAUUCCUGAGGCCAGAGGGAACCUCAUAACUUCCUUAGUCCCUCUACAGAUCCACUAUAAUUCAUGCCAAUCCCCAUGGGCACCCACCUUGCAGGAGUGUGAGGUCAUCAUACAGCAGCUCUACAAUGCCAACAGCUUACAGUCCCAAGAGAUAACACACCUCAAGGCUGUUCUCAAGGACCUUGUCAUCAACAAGAAAAUCACCCCAGAUAGGCUCUGGUCAAAAUGUAACCAUCUUGUAGAUGAGAAAAGAGUUGAGGAACCAGAGAGGUUACCAAAGCUACCUUUCUGCACACUGCCCAAAGGAAGACCAGUGUGCCAGGCUAACAUACCAGAGAGAGUGAUCCUUCCAGCCCUCAAACUGAGCCUCAGCACCAGCUAUGCUGACAGGCAGAGGAGAACUCGAGCUGUGCAAAGGCGGCGUUUUUGAAGAGUGGCAACAUAACUGUAUAAAACUAGGAAUGGUUUAAUAACUGUGUUUCUGGAUGUUUUUGACCUAUUAUACCAUGUUCUUUGUAAAGAACACAUUUCUGAUUCUAAAUUCUAAAGGCUUAAUGGGUGAUUUCAAACUCAGGAAUUUGCACAAAUGUACUGGAGUGAAGCAGAAAAUAUUUAUUUGUGUAAAUUAAAAGCAAGACAUGGACAUCGACAA